AUGCCGACACUUGCGGCGUUCUUGGUCCUCUUGCUCCCGCUGCUGCUUUCCGCGGUUGGUGCCGCAGAGGCAGAGCUUACCCGUGGCGGCUUCGGCUUCAAGGCCACGCUGACGCACGUCGACGCGAACGCCGGGUACACGGAGGAGCAGCUGCUGGCCCGCGCGGUACGCCGCAGCAGAGCCCGCGUGGCCACGCUGCAGUCGCUUGCGGCGUUAGCGCCGGGGGACGCGAUCACCGCGGCACGCAUCCUGGUGUUAGCCAGCGACGGCGAGUACCUGAUGGAGAUGGGGAUCGGCACGCCGACGCGGUACUACUCGGCCAUCCUCGACACUGGCAGCGACCUCAUCUGGACGCAGUGCGCGCCGUGCCUGCUCUGCGUCGACCAGCCCACGCCCUACUUCGACCCGGCGCAGUCCUCCACGUACAAGUCGCUCGGCUGCUCGUCCCCGGGGUGCAACGCCCUCUACUACCCGCUCUGCUACCAGAACGUGUGCGUCUACCAGUACUUCUACGGCGACAGCGCCAGCACCGCCGGCAUCCUCGCCAACGAGACGUUCACGUUCGGCACCAACGACACCUGGGUCACCUUGCCGGGCAUCUCGUUCGGGUGCGGGAGACUAAACUCCGGCUCGCUCGCCAACGGCUCCGGCAUGGUCGGCUUCGGGCGGGGGUCUCUGUCACUGGUCGGCCAGCUGGGCUCCCCCAGGUUCUCCUACUGCCUCACCUCCUUCCUGUCACCGGUGCGCAGCCGGCUCUACUUCGGCGCGUACGCCACGCUGAACAGCACCAGCGCGAGCACCAGCGCGCCGGUGCAGUCCACGCCGUUCGUCGUCAACCCGGCGCUGCCGACCAUGUACUUCCUCAACAUGACGGGCAUCAGCGUCGGCGGCUACCUGCUGCCCAUCGACCCAGCGGUGUUCGCCAUCAACGACACGGACGGCACGGGCGGGACCAUCAUCGACUCCGGCACAACGAUCACGUACCUCGCGGACCCAGCGUAUGGCGCUGUCCGCGCGGCCUUCGUGUCGCAGAUCACGCUGCCCUUGCUGAACGUUACGGAUACGUCGGUGCUGGAUACGUGCUUCCAGUGGCCGCCGCCGCCGCUCCAGUCGGUGACGCUACCGCAGCUUGUGCUCCACUUCGACGGGGCGGACUGGGAGCUCCCUCUGCAGAACUACAUGCUGGUGGAUCCCAGCACAGGGGGCUUGUGCCUGGUGAUGGCGACGUCCUCCGACGGCUCCAUCCUCGGCAGCUACCAGCACCAGAACUUCAACGUGCUCUACGACCUUGAGAACAGCCUCCUGUCCUUCGUCCCAGCACCGUGCAAUCUAAUGUAG